UACGAGCAAAUCAUUGGAAGGUAGAUCGUCUGACACUUCAGAUGGACUUGGACGGGGCACACUAGGGUGUAAAGGUGAGCCAUGGCGGCGGUACUGCGGUAAAAGGCGCGCGGUCUCUUUAAAUGCCGAGUGUCGCCGAGUCGAGUUGCGCUCCGAUCCGCAGCCGAACCGAUGGAGCUCCGCUCUCCGCACCUGUCCGCGGUGGCGGUGGGGAUUUACCCCGUUUACACAGUGGGACAGGGCUAAUACAGCGUAAAACUGCGCUCUCCGCCUUCCUCUCACAUGUGUUUGCCGCCGUCGACGUGCACGUAGCGACCCGCGCCCGCGGGUAAGUUUAGGCGCCGCUCUUCUCUUUGAAAUGUUGCAACUUAGUUAAGGCGCUGGCGACGCGGGAUACCUGUGUGCGCCGCUCGUACGCGUCACUCUCUGCUAAUAAUAAUGGAGCCUUCCUCACUUUUGAGCAGCCACUUAAUUUUUAUUGUACACCCAGUUCGCUCCUCGGAACAAAGCGGGCACUUCUUUCUCUAAAACGAAGAAAGACAGAGACAGAUAGACAGAAAGAAAGAAAGGCAGGCAGGCGACGGUGCGAGAUGGAGUGGAAGCCGGGCGCGCCGCGGGGUUCCUGCUUCCUCCGAGGUGCUACGUGUUGAAUCGCGGGAGCGCGCCGUGCGUGCCGCCGCCGGAGACGCGCCUUCCUUCCUGUAGACCUGUGCUCCCGCGGACAGCCGCGGCGCAAUGGGGAACCAGGUAGAGAAACUGACUCACCUGAGUUACGCGGAAGUGCCGACGGCGGACCCGCAGGGCGCCGACCCGGGGGACGACGGUCCGCGCAUCGGGGUCUCCUACAUCUUCUCGAACGACGACGAGGAGCUGGAGGAGAGCGCGGACGGGGCCGAUCGGGAGCGCGCGCAGGAGGAGAAGCCCUAUGACACGUGCGACGAGGUGGAGUGCGCCAUCUAUAAUCGAGAGGACUGCAUUUAUGAGAAGAGCCUGAAGCACACGAGCACCGGCACCUAUUCCCCCGAGAACCUGUCCAACAGGUGCAGGCCGGGCGACCUGGUGGAGUUCGUGGCCUCGGGUCAGUACCCGCACUGGGUCGUGUACGUGGGCGACUUCCAGGUGGUGCAUCUGCACAAGGCCGAGGUAAAGAACAGCUUCCUGACGGACGCCAGUCAGGGGAGGAGAGGCCGCAUCGUGAACGACCUCUACAGGUUCAGACCUCUGAGCCCGGAGAUGGUGGUGCAGAACGCCAUGGAACAGGUGGGCGCGAAGGACACGGAGCUCAGCUGGAGGAACUCGGAGUGCUUCGCCGCUUGGUGCAGGUUCGGGAGGCGGGAGUUCAAAAUUGGAGGGGAGAUAAGAAUCGGAAAGCAGCCGUACAGGUUGAAGAUACGGCUGUCGGAGAAAAAGACUCAGGCGUUGGAGUUUCAGAGCUUGGAAGACUUGAUUGUGGAAAAGAGGAGGAAUGACCAGAUAGGGAGAGCUGCUGUGAUCCAAGAGCAGGAGAACCAUCUCAACUGUGCGGAGGAACUCCACCGUGAUCACGACCCCAAGUGAUGGAGUUAACCUCAU